UCAUACAGCAUUUGGAAGUAUUAAGUUCUUGAAAGCUGUAAAACGGUAACAUCAGCGCAGGCAGCACAUAAUAAUGCUUUAAAGUUGAUAAUGCAACGAAUACAAGCAUACAAUCUAUACAAUCAUUACGGCGAUCAGAGCAUUGGCAGAUUUGAUAAUCGCCCCGUCAGAAAUAUCAAUUAAUUUUGUAGAGCAGCCUACGCGGUGCGUCGUCAUUUUCUACGCUGUCCCGACGAGAGUGACUCGGGAAGCGCAGCAUUCGGGCAGCUAAAGCAGCUAAAGGGCAGAUAAAACGCAGAUAAACAGGCUCGCGAAAACGCCGGGCGAGACAGACCGCGACCAGACAACCCUGAUCGCUGCAGCAGCGUUCCCAAGUUGCUGUUCCGCGGAGCUGGACGCGGCGUUUAGUUGUUGCCAAUCCGGCUUUGAGGCGUAUUAGCGCAAGUAGCGUUCGCAAUAUCAGUUGGGAGGCGUUUAAUUCGAGCUGAACGAGCCCCGAUUCGCACGCCUUCGAGCGAGCCGAGUUCAAGAUGCCUGCGGUUCGAGGGGACGGCAUCCGCGGGCUGGCGGUCUUCAUAUCCGAUAUCCGAAACUGCAAGAGCAAGGAGGCGGAGAUCAAGCGCAUCAACAAGGAGCUCGCCAACAUUCGUUCCAAGUUCAAAGGGGACAAGACGUUGGACGGCUACCAGAAAAAGAAGUACGUAUGUAAGCUCCUUUUCAUUUUCUUGCUGGGCCACGACAUCGACUUCGGCCACAUGGAAGCCGUCAACCUUCUCAGCUCGAACAAAUACUCCGAGAAGCAGAUCGGCUACCUGUUCAUUUCGGUGCUGCUAAACGAGAACAGCGAGCUGAUGCGGCUCAUUAUCCAGUCGAUCAAGAACGAUCUGUGCGCUCGUAACCCGAUUCACGUGAACCUGGCCCUGCAGUGCAUCGCCAACAUCGGCAGCCGCGAGAUGGCCGAGACGUUCGGCGGCGAAAUCCCCAAGUUGCUGGUGUCCGGCGACACCAUCGACGUCGUGAAGCAGAGCGCGGCGCUGUGCCUGCUGCGGCUGCUGCGUACGCUGCCGGACAUCACGCCCAGCGGCGAGUGGACGUCGCGCAUCAUCCACCUGCUCAACGACCAGCACAUGGGCGUCGUCACGGCCGCCGUGAGCCUCAUCGACGCCCUGGUCAAGAAGAACCCGGACGAGUACAAGGGCUGCGUGUCCCUGGCUGUGUCCCGGCUCAGCCGCAUCGUGACGGCCUCGUACACGGACCUGCAGGACUACACGUACUACUUCGUGCCGGCGCCUUGGCUGAGCAUGAAGCUGCUGCGUCUGCUUCAGAACUACCCGCCUCCCGACGACCCGGGCGUCCGGGGCCGCCUCAACGAGUGCCUGGAGACGAUCCUGAACAAGGCUCAGGAGCCGCCCAAGUCCAAGAAGGUGCAGCACUCGAACGCGAAGAACGCCGUGCUCUUCGAGGCCAUCUCGCUCAUCAUCCACAUGGACCGGCUUGGCGCCGUCAUCGAGCCCAACCUGCUGGUGCGGGCCUGCAACCAGCUCGGCCAGUUUUUACAGCAUCGGGAGACCAAUCUGAGAUACCUGGCCCUGGAAAGCCUCUGCCUGCUGGCCACCUCGGAGUUCUCUCACGAGGCCGUGAAAAAGCACCAGGAGACUGUCGUGAACGCCCUCAAGACGGAGCGCGACGUGAGCGUGCGCCAGCGCGCCGUCGACCUGCUCUACGCCAUGUGCGACAAGUCUAAUGCCGAAGAGAUCGUCGCCGAGAUGCUGGCCUACCUCGAGACGGCCGACUAUUCCAUCCGCGAAGAAAUGGUGCUCAAGGUGGCUAUUCUGGCCGAGAAGUAUGCCUCAGACUACACCUGGUAUGUGGAUGUGAUCCUCAACCUGAUCAGAAUCGCAGGUGACUAUGUUAGUGAAGAGGUCUGGUACCGUGUGAUCCAGAUAGUCAUCAACAGAGAGGAUGUUCAAGGAUAUGCCGCAAAGACUGUCUUUGAAGCCCUCCAGGCACCUGCCUGCCACGAGAACAUGGUCAAAGUGGCUGGCUACAUUCUGGGAGAGUUUGGGAACUUGAUUGCGGGAGACCAGCGCUCCAGUCCACUAAUCCAGUUUCAGCUGUUGCAUUCCAAGUAUCAUCUGUGUUCUGCCAGCACCAGGGCACUUCUCCUGACCACCUAUGUCAAGUUCAUCAACCUUUUUCCCGAGAUAAAAAUGGAUAUCCAGAACAUCCUCCGCAGCAACAGCAACAUCCGUUGCGCCGACUCUGAAUUGCAGCAGCGGGCCGUCGAAUACCUGAACCUGAGUCAAAUUGCUUCGCCAGAUGUACUCGCCACUGUGCUUGAAGAAAUGCCUCCAUUCCCAGAGCGGGAGUCUUCCAUCUUGGCCAUCCUAAAGCGCAAAAAGCCGGGCAUGACUGAGGGGAUUAAUGCGAGCAACAAGGAGAACCUGCGUGCUGCCCCACUCCUUGCAGACGGCGCAGCAACCAACAGGGCAGCGCCAGCAACCAUGGACCUCUUGGGACUCUCCUUAGAACCAGCAGCACUGGCCGGCCAGCCAGCACCCACAAAUGGCACCACUGCAUGCCUCGUGGAUGUGUUUGAGGACUCUUCUUCUGGAAUCCAGGGAGGCACUGCUGUAGUGGUCUCCAAUGAGGAAGGUCUCAAGAAGUUUGUCUGCAAGCACAACGGCAUCCUCUUUGAGAAUGACCUGUUGCAGAUUGGAGUCAAGGCAGAGUUCAGGCAGAACCUCGGGCGUGUGGGCCUCUUCUACGGCAACAAGACUGUCUCCCAGUUCCAGAGCUUUCUGCCCAACGUCACCAGCGACAGCGCUGCUCUCAGCAUCCAAGUCAAGCCAGUUGAGCCUGCCAUCGAGGCGGGGGCACAAGUGGAACAAAUGGUCAACGUAGAAUGCGUAAAUGACUUCCCGGAGGCACCAGGCUUGGUGGUUCAGUUUGUCUACUGCGGAGUGCAGCAAAAGUUUACACUCCGACUUCCGGUAUUCCUCAACAAGUUUUUGGAGCCCACAGCCAUGAACUCAGAGUCCUUCUUCUCGCGCUGGAAGAACCUCAGUAGCCCGGGACAGGAGGAGCAGAAGAUCUUCAAGGCCCGAUUCCCCAUGGAAAAUGAGAGCAUUCGUUCCAAGCUGUCUGGCUUUGGAAUGCAGCUCCUCGACGGGAUCGACCCCAACCCUGAGAACUUCGUCUGCGCUGGCAUCAUCCACACCCGUGGUAUGCAGAUUGGGUCCCUGCUGCGGUUGGAGCCCAAUCGCCAAGCACAGAUGUACAGACUGACCAUUCGAAGCAGCAAGGAUGGCGUCUCCAAAGUCCUGGCAGACCUGCUGCAGGAGCACUUCUAGACAAGCCAGGUUUUCCCAGCCUGCAAUUGCUUGUCGUUUACCCUACCCUGAGAGAGACUGCGCUCCCACGUUAUGAAAUGUACUUAAGGUACCCUGGUGUUGGAGAUUUUUUUCUGUGUGUGUGCUUGUUUAUUACCAGAUGUUAGCUCUUGUACUGUCGUUCCUCUGUACUUAGCUGCAGAAACUAUUGCAUCUUUUUUUUUUUUUUUUUUUUUUCUGCCUUUAAACCUUGCAUUGAGAAUGCUUGCUCUGGCAGAGUAUUGAUUGCAAAGCGAGUUUAGGGGAGUUGCCCGAGUACAGAAAUUACAGUUUGUCACAUGAUUUCUCAAACUAGUCAUAUGGAGAGGAGUCUCGAUACCACUUGGCACUGCAAAGUUCUUUAGCUCGGGAUGUAACCCAUUAAGGAUACUUGAGAUUCGCAAAGGGAAUGGCCUUAAAGGCCUUCUUUUUUGUGUUGUCUGUCCUCUUUACGAUCAGUUGUGAUAUCUAAUAUUUUUGAGGUUUUCGUCAGUUGCCCAGUCUUUUUUGUCACAUCUGUCCUUCAGUUUUAUGAUGGAUUGUUUGGCUCAUUUUGUGUACCUUGUCCGAAAGAGAAUUCGUGGCUUCGCGACGAAGGAAGUUGCCAUAGGCUAGAACGCACAGUUUUGAGCUGCCCGGGUAGGUUCCUUGCACAAAGGCCGAGUCGCGAGAAACUGGCAUGCAUUGCAUCAAACCGUGAAAUACCAGCUGGUUGUGCAUUGUAUUUUUGUAAUAUAAGUUAUUCAGAUUGUGCAUUGCCCACUCUCGAGAGAGAAUGUUUCAAAAAUUGCUCCCUGUGCUCGGCUGAAUUGACAUUGGCUUUACAUCGUCGAGACCUGCAAACAUUCCAUGCUUCAUGUAGUAGCGGUGUUCUAAUGCUACAAGUUGAGUGUGCUUUAUGAGGUUCUUCGCUGGCAAAUAAAACUCCUUGAUGUAAUCAUUUACCCUACAACCAUCUUAGUGGUGCAAUGGCGAUUCCUGCGGCAUCAAUGUUGUAAGAUGUACCAGUACCAAACUGUGGUUGCUCCUCAUGCCAACAAGAACGCAAUUCAAGCAGCAGAACAAAUAGUCUGUGCUCCAAGCGAUCAUUUGACAACCAACAUGGAGCAGCCAUGUGCAAAUUUACACUUGCUAGGUUUGCAAUGUAGUUUCCACAGUCCCACACUACUGAUGAUUGCUUCUACUGUGAAAAUGUUGAUGCUGUAUGGCUAUACUUACUGCCAACGCAAGCAUGUAGAAGGAUGCAUCGAACUACGGCACUGCCCAACCAGUUUGAUUAGUGCUUGCUGGAUUGGAAUUUGCUUCAUACACUGCUAAGUCACGAGCUUGCACACGAGGCUUGGCCCUGGCCAUUUGCCCUGCAUUAUACUCUGGGACAACUUUUCUUGGCAGGGCAGUCAAAGGUAUGGGUCCACAUGCACUUUCUCCUUUUGAGCGCUGUUUAAAGCUGAACCCGCACACUCUUCCUCUUCUCGGAAAUGCCAAGAGAAGUUGUCCCAGAGUAUUGCGAUGGCGUUUAAAGGCCAACAAUGCUGAAAUUUCUACUGCCAAAUAAAAUUUGGUGAGCCCUGGGGGUCAAAAUAUUGGCCAUAGAAAGCUAUAACAUCAGUAGAGAACCCUACAUUAUUUUGAAUGCUGUCGGUAUUAGUGUCACAAUUGCCCAAGCAUUGCAUGCUUUGUGGGACGGACUGCUAUUCUAUAGUCAAUGGUGUUCUGCUUGUUGACCUGUGUUCUUCUUGCCUUAUCAUUACAAGGAUGACUCCAUUCAUUGGGAAGCAAACUCCUCGUUUGGCCCAAUGCUCAAUGUAAGGUUGAAUAGCCAAUAAAUACUUCACAAGUUGCA